AUGAAGAGUUGGGGAAGCAUAAGAUCGGUUUUUAUGCAUGCUGACAGUGUGGAUUGGAUGUUAAUGGGACUAGGUUUGAUAGGAGCCAUCGGUGAUGGUUUCAUCACUCCUAUUGUAUUUUUCAUCACCAGCUUACUACUUAAUGACCUCGGUGGUUCGUUCAAUGAUGGGAACUUCAUGAAAGCCAUCACCAAGAAUGCUAUAACUUUGCUUUAUGUGGCUGGUGCAUCAUGGGUGCUAUGUUUUCUUGAAGGAUAUUGCUGGACAAGAACGGGGGAGAGACAAGCAGCAAGAAUGAGAGCGAGAUACUUGAAAGCAGUGUUAAGACAAGAUGUGGGUUACUUUGAUCUUCAUGUCACAAGCACUUCUGAUGUUAUCACAAGUGUUUCAAGUGACAGUCUUGUCAUACAAGACGUCCUUAGUGAAAAGGUCUCACACUUUUAUUUUUAUAUUUUUAUUCUAGUCAUGUUUCUUGUUUUUAAACCGGUUCUUGAUGAUUUUAAUUUUAUGCAGUUACCGAACUUUUUGAUGACUGCGUCUGCGUUUGUUGCAAGCUACAUAGUGGCUUUCAUCAUGCUAUGGAGACUCACAAUCGUAGGCUUCCCGUUCGUAGUUUUCCUCCUGAUCCCUGGAUUGAUUCAUGGACGAGCCCUAAUCAACAUCUCGAGGAAAAUACGUGAAGAGUACAGUGAAGCUGGUUCUAUUGCCGAGCAAGCCAUCUCUUUGGUGCGAACAGUCUAUGCAUUUGGUAGUGAGAGGAAGUUGAUAGCUAAAUUCUCACUUGCGCUUCAAGGCUCAGUGAAACUAGGGCUGAGACAAGGGCUAGUUAAAGGUAUCUCACUUGGGAGCACUGGUAUCAUUUACGCCAUUUGGGCCUUCUUGACAUGGUACGGAAGUCGAAUGGUUAUGUACCAUGGCGCUAAGGGUGGUACCAUCUUUGCAGUCAUCAUUUGCAUUACCUUCGGUGGCACAACACUUGGCCGAGGUUUGUCGAAUCUCCAAUAUUUAUCUGAGGGGAUUGUAGCCGGGGAAAGGAUCAUGGAAAUGAUACUAAGAAUUCCCGAUAUAGACUCGGAAAAACCUGAAGGUCAAACUCUAGAUAAAAUCAAAGGAGAAAUCGAAUUUAAGCAUGUGAAGUUCAUGUACCCGUCUAGACCAGAAACUCCCAUCUUUGAUGACUUCUGUCUGAGAGUUCCAUCUGGAAAAACUGUGGCUCUAGUUGGUGGAAGCGGGUCGGGAAAAUCAACCGUGUUGGCCCUUUUGCAAAGGUUUUAUGACCCCGUCUCAGGAGAGAUUCUUCUUGAUGGUGUCUCUAUCAACAAUUUUCAGGUUAACUGGUUGAGAUUGCAGAUGGGCUUAGUUAGCCAAGAGCCAGCACUCUUCUCCACAUCAAUAGAGGAGAACAUACUAUUUGGUAAAGAGGAUGCAUCCAUGGAUGAAGUAGUGGAAGCAGCAAAGGCCUCAAAUGCUCAUAACUUCAUCUCUCAGUUCCCUCAUGGAUACAAAACUCAGGUUGGAGAGAGAGGCGUGCAAAUGUCAGGGGGACAGAAGCAGAGGAUUGCAAUUGCACGUGCCAUAAUCAAAUCACCAACAUUUCUCCUACUAGACGAGGCCACGAGUGCAUUGGACUCAGAAUCUGAAAGGGUAGUCCAAGAAGCCUUGGACAAUGCUUCUAUUGGCCGUACAACUAUUGUAAUAGCCCAUCGCCUCUCUACUAUUCGUGAUGCUGAUGUUAUCUGUAUAGUCCAAGAUGGUCGCAUUAUAGAAGCUGGUUCACACGAAGAGCUCAUGGAGAACUUAGAUGGUCAAUAUGCUUCUCUAGUUCGUUUGCAACAGAUGGAUAAUAAAGAAUCGGAUGGUAACACCAGUGUAAGGGUCCAAGGUGGUCAGAUAUCGAUAUUGAGCAAAGAUUUGAUGUACGGUCCAAAACUGUCUAGUGAAAGUGGGUCUAACUUGUUACCUAAGUCAAGCACUGAGUCUAAUCUUCCUCCUGGUUCAGUUCCUAAGGGUAAGAAACCACCUGUGCCAUCGUUUAAGAGACUGAUGGCAAUGAAUAUACCAGAGUGGAAACAUGCAUUGUAUGGUUGCUUAAGUGCAGCUUUGCAUGGGGGUGUACAGCCUAUAAGUUCAUUUGUUACAGGAUCAAUGGUGUCAGUGUAUUUCCUAACGAGUCAUGACGAGAUCAAGGACAAGACAAGGAUCUAUACCUUGUUCUUUGUUGGUCUAGCUGUCUUUACUUUCUUCUCCAUCACCAUUCAACAAUAUAGUUUUGCUUAUAUGGGUGAAUACCUAACCAAACGUAUCCGUGAGAAGAUGCUCAAGAAGAUAUUGACCUUUGAAGUCACCUGGUUCGAUAAAGAAGAGAACUCUAGUGGUGCAAUUUGCUCAAGACUUGCCAAAGAAGCUAACGUGGUGAGGUCACUUGUUGGUGAACGAGUCGCAUUGUUGGUAAAAACCAUAUCAGCAGUGGCGGUAGCUUGCACAGUAGGUUUAGUCAUCGCUUGGCAACUAGCCAUUGUGAUGAUCGCGGUGCAGCCACUUGUUGUAGUAUGCUUCUACACGCAACGCAUCCUACUCAAAAGCAUAUCCAAGAAAUCAAUCAAAGCGCAAGCCGAGAGUAGCAAACUAGCAGCAGAAGCUGUCUCCAACAUCAGAACCAUCACAUCUUUCUCAUCACAAAAACGAAUCUUGAAACUACUCAAAAGAGUUCAAGAAGGUCCAAGAAAAGAAAGCAUUCGCCAAUCAUGGCUAGCUGGAACCGUGCUAGCAACUUCACGAGCCCUCAUAACAUGCACUUCGGCUUUAAACUUCUGGUACGGUGGUAGACUCGUCGAUGCUGGCAAGAUCGUGGCAAAACAGUUCUUUGAGAUCUUUACGGUCUUUGUGAGUACUGGUCGGGUUAUAGCAGAAGCUGGGAGCAUGACGACCGAUCUAGCCAAAGGCUCUGAUGCUGUCGCGUCUGUGUUCGCUGUGUUGGACCGUUCCACGACCAUUGACCCAAAGAGUCCAAACGGGUAUAUUCCAGACAAAAUAAAGGGACAGAUAAGUUUUGUCAACGUUGACUUUGCUUAUCUUACACGACCAAACGUGGCUAUAUUCAAGAACUUGUCUAUUGAAAUAGAGGAAGGAAAGUCAACAGCUAUUGUCGGUCCAAGUGGCUCAGGAAAGUCAACGAUCAUUAGCUUGAUCGAACGGUUCUACGACCCUUUAAAUGGCUCCAUUAAAAUCGACGGUCGUGAUCUAAAGUCGUAUCAUUUGAGAUCGUUACGUAAACACAUAGCUUUGGUUAGCCAAGAGCCAGCAUUAUUUGCCGGAACCAUCAGAGAGAACAUAAUGUACGGUGGAAGAGCGUCGGAAAAUAUGAACGAGUCGGAGAUUAUUGAGGCGGCUAAGGCGGCGAACGCUCAUGAUUUUAUUACAUCAUUAUCCAACGGUUAUGACACAAACUGUGGAGACAGAGGUGUAUUGCUGUCGGGUGGGCAGAAACAGAGGAUUGCUAUAGCGCGUGCGGUUUUGAAGAACCCAUCUGUGUUGUUACUCGAUGAAGCGACGAGUGCUUUGGAUAGUCAAUCGGAGCGUGUGGUGCAAGACGCGUUGGAGCGAGUGAUGGUUGGGAGGACUAGUGUGGUGAUUGCGCAUAGGCUUAGUACGAUACAAAACUGUGACGUCAUCGCGGUUUUGGAUAAAGGAAAGAUAGUGGAGUGUGGGAACCACUCAACGUUGUUGGCAAAGGGUUCUAUGGGUGCUUACUUCUCACUGGUUAGUCUCCAAAGAAACCUCGGUUGA